UCGAAGUACUGCUACUAUUUUUGUGUGGAACCAUAAAAAACUUUACGAGGCUUAGAUGGAUGGAAAAUGGCAAUGAAAAAUUCCGGAUUCAAACGCUUUUGUUAAUGUAUUAUGUGGUCACUGCGACUGCAACUAUUUUCUGCCCGGUGUGGAAUUGAUGCAACACACAUCAAAACAAACUGCGAUGGGUCCUUUCAAGUUACUUAGGUUUGGUGCACUUUGUUUUGGGUUAACUAAAAAGCCCUGUUAGGCUUCUUCCAUUUCAAAACGUAAAUACCGUCUUGUGUUUACAGCAUCCGCUGAAAACUUCAUCGCUGAGAUUAUCAUCAGAAUGGGGGACAGCGGCAGUAUUACGCCUAGAAUUGGCAGCAUGAAGACUUUGCUUGGAAUAGUCGCCGGAGCUGGGGUCUCUUACGGAAUUUACAAACUCUUAAGUGGGGGAAGCUUUAGGAGGUACAAGAAAAGCGGGGGCAAUGAAGGUCUUGCUUCAAAGACCAGUGAAGGUAAAUCUCGGUCGGACAGCCUGUUGGCCAAAGUGUCUGAAUUGGACCUUGUGUUUUCCCGAAAUGAGAGAACGGAUGAUGCUUCGGGUAACAUCAUCCACCAGUCUGUGAGCAACCUGGAGCCACAGCACCUAAACAUGUUGCUGACAUGUCUAAAGGCCAGCAAUAGCACAUCAGAGAGGUGUCGUCUAUUGCUCACUUUAGGAAAUGCUGCUGCUUUUACUGUGAAUCAGAAUAUUAUACGUGAAUAUGAAGGAAUUCCUAUUAUAGGGGGCUUCCUCUCUGACCCUGCACCAGAGGUUAAAGUGCAGACUCUGAAUGCUUUAAGUAAUCUCUGCAUGAACCUCCAAAACCAGGAGCAGCUGAAGGUCUAUGUGCCACAAGUGCUACAGUUGAUCGAGAUGUCUCCAAUGAACUCUGACCUUCAGCUAGCUGCUCUCAGGAUGCUAACCAACCUUUCUGUCACCGACAAACAUCAACACCUGCUCAAGGAUGCGGUCACGCUUCUACUCCAUUUGCUGUUGGUGAGCGACGUGACAUUACAGGUUCAGACCUUGAAGGUUCUUGUGAAUAUGUCAUCUAAUCCAGACAUGAUGGACGACAUUGUUCAGGCUCAGGCUCCGGCUUCUGUCAUGCUGCUAUUUGCCGCGCAAACGUCAUCGGAGGUGCUUAUGCGGCUGUUGACAUUCACGGGCAACCUGAAGUCCUGGAGACCUUCGGCACAGGUGGCAGAGGAGUUGAGGCGCAACCGCGAUUGCCUCUUCCGGGUCAUGCUGGACGAGUCGUCGGAACUCCACGGCCGACUGGUCCAGCUCCUGUCACACCCUGACAAGGAGAUUCAAGCGCAGGUGGCCCAUAUAUUGACAUAGUCCACUUCCGUUCUCCUCACCCUACACCACAAUCUGCACUGUAGACAUUUUCAUCAUGACGUCACACAUGACGUCACACAUACUGAAUAUAUUCAACCCCAAACAUAAAACAGUUUUGUCAUCAAUUCAGUCAACGGGUGCCACUCACCUUUUGCCACCUGUAAGUACCCUGGUGCCCUUUUCCAAAUGUGAUGACGUAGUCUGUUUUUCUCACUGUUUUGAUCUCACAUACUUCGCCAAAGUCAUCAGCAAUUAAAUUAGAUCAUAUUUCCACACUGUAUGAGGGCCUGACCGCUAAAAAUCUGCUGAGGCUGAUGCUGAUAUUUGGCAGAAUAAAACAAAGAUAACCAAUUAAUUGGUCGAUU